AUGGAAUUGGAAUCAGAUACAGAACACAACCACAACAUGAUGAUCGAUCACAAGAUUCCAGCACAUAACAUGCAAAUUGAUCCAUCAAGAUCUUGUUUUCCAUGUUGCAUUGUAUGGACACCUCUUCCUGUUGUUUCAUGGCUUCUUCCUUUUGUUAGUCAUAUUGGUAUAGGCAGAGAAGAUGGAGUCAUUCUAGACUUUGCAGGACCUAACUUUGUGUGUGUAGAUAACUUCACUUUUGGAGGUGUUACUCGUUACAUUCAAAUAAGUAAAGAUAAGAUUUGUAAGGAAAACAUGGAUAAAAGCUUUGGGGAUUGUUCAAUUCCACAAGAAAAGUCGGAUGCUGAUAUAACGAGGAGUUGGAGUUAUCUGAAGCAACUGGUGAGGAAGAUGCUUCUAAUACAUGGAGGCUGA